GACUAAUGCUUUUCUAUCUUUUUCAGCCAAUGCUUUGUGUUAGUGCUGUAAACCCUGUACUUUUCUCAAAGGUUCUAACUCUGCAACGUGUGACAAAUAUGAGAAAGCGUAUUGGUGCGCUGCUUCCAUUUGUCCGUUGUAGCUUUCGAGGUUGUAUAUUCAAAGUGGUUGGAUCUCGCAGAUAUCUUCUUGAAAGCAGUGAUUUUUUUGCACUUAAAGACCUUAUUGAUCUUUCCAAGGGUGUUUUUGCUGCACUGCCUGUGAUGGUAGAGACUAUCUCAAGAAAAAUAGUAGAGCAUAUUGCCCAACAGUGCCUCAUAUGUUGUGAUGUGGGUAUCCCCUGUAAUGCUCGACAACAUUGUGAUGACCUGUCUUGUUUCAUUUUCCCUUUCCAGGAAGGAGAGACAGAAAGAUGCAAAUCUUGCAGUUCAGUUUUCCACAAAAAAUGCUUCAAAAAGACACCCACUUGCCCUUGUGGUUCUCAUUUGAAUCCGGGGCCAGAGAGCAAUGGGGGCGGCAUUGUUGAUAAUAAAAGUAAACACUUUCUUUCUGCUUUGUUCCCAAAGGUUAGGUCAACUAGGCCUUCCCACAAUAGAGACCAAGAUACAGUUAUCUUGAUGGGCUCAUUACCAAGUAACACCCUCUGAUUCAAUGAGUGUUUGCUUGAGCAUGUUUAUUUAUUUUAUUUUGUGUGUGUGUGUGUGUGGGGGGGGGGGGGGGGGGGGGGGGUUCUUCGCAUUAUUGGUAGUGUGUUCUUUGUAGAGGAACCUCCGUCCCUAUGAUUGCAAAAUUAACUCUGUGAAACUCCAAUAAAUGGUGUCUUGUUACAGAUUUACUGAUGGGGGGGAUAUGGCCUUGACUUGUAGAGCAUAUGUUUUCCGCCUAUCUGGGAAGUUCCUAGUUUCCUCAAAAGUAAGGGUAUGUUUGGUUCAUGGCAAAUAAAGUAAAAGGAAAGAGUAUACCUUUAAUAAGAUUAUUUUCUUAUAUUUGUUGUAGGAGAGUGAUUCAUGGAAUAAUGAAAAAAAUAAUAUUAUACUCUUAUAAAGACAAAAAUAUGACCAAUCCUGAAUUUAGACAAAAAAGUGACUAGAAAUUACUGAAGAGACUAAAACACCCUUGGGUAACAAAAAAAGAACCGGUCUCCUCUCUGCCUUCUCCCACUUGAAGCCGAUGGGAUCCAUUCCACCGCCACGACACUUCCACCACGGCAACAGCAUCUGCCGCUACCCCACCUCCGCCGCCGCUAGAACUAGUUUUCUUCUUUAUUUUAAUCUUCUUGUUUGCAAACUGUCAUCAUCGUUCCUUCUCCUUCGAUGAUGUCUCCAGGUAUGUCUCUGUUUCUCUUUUCUCACCAAUUCUUCUCUUUACUCUGUGAAUCGACGGAUUCCAGUAAAACGAAGAAGGAAAUUGGGAUGGCGGCUAUUGCAAGUAGUGAAUAGGGAAAACUUCACGAUCUAUGGCUUGAGGAAAUCAAAAUCGUUAGUGCGCAACUAGCUAUGUGGGAUGGUACAGAGCGGUCUCUGGUUGAAGAGCUGGAGGCAUCUGUUGAGGAGAAAAUCAGAUAUGCUAAUUUGAGUUUGGCACUGAAGUUAUAUACUACCUUCUGGUGGCUCAUGUGCAUACUUUUUUAAGUCCGUCUUUGCUAGAGGCUUUCCAGAAAACUAAGCCUCCAAAAGAUGAUUAUAUCAUUGUUGGGUGGACUCCAAAGGUUAAUGCAUGAAUCGAUUCCAAAUUGUAGAUCCAGAGAUGCAUUAAUUCCAUCAUGUUACUCUUGACAUAUACUGCUUCUUCCCUAAUCUCUCUUUUGUCAAAGGAUCUAUUUGGCAGACUCUAUUUAAGCACUAUGUUUAUAAACAUCAUAAUGAUGAAAAAUGGUGGAAGUGCUUAGAUUAGAUUAACUCCACUGAUUUUUCCGCUGUUUAUGCGUUGUGUUAAUUUGGCUGUGAAACUGGAGAAUGAGAUGCGAAACACUUCUUUUUUUCUU